AUGAUAACUGCAAGAGAAACUGCAAUCGAAUUUCACACCAAAAGAAUUUUCCUUGCCAAUAUUAAACUGGAAAUUCUUAAUGAGAUCUAUAAAUUUCCUUUCACUAUUCAGAAACUUAUCACAGAAGAAGUACAUGCCAUUGCAAAAAGACUAGAAGAAGGAAAGUACUUACCAAACCUCGCAAGUGCAAAAUGCUUGUGCAGAUUCUUCAAUUGGUAUAUGUUAUUAUGUCACCAUAUUUUCUAUAAACAACUUUGUGGUGCCAAUAUUUUAAUGCCAGAAGCUUGGGCCAACUUUCAAAGAACUUUCGAAGAGGGUAGCAUGGAGGUAUAUCAAACCUGUGGUAUUGUGGAGGUACCUGUCAUUUGGAUAUCUGCAGCAAAUAAAGCAGUCGAAAAAAGCCAAUCAAAAAUAAAUGAAUUAUUUGAAAGAACCUGA